ACACGUGUCGUCUGAUAAUCUAUGAAAUUUAAGAUGUAACAGACGAUGAAAGAUUGAUUUCAUAAUUUUCAACAUGUCAGUGGUACAGAGUUGCUGCAGCAGAAUUCCGUCCAUUGCUCGCAAUGUCAGCGUUUUCAGAGUCUCACCCUCAAGACUUCUGAGUAGCACUUCUGUUAUAUUUUCCUCCCAUGGAAAAGAGAAGAAGCUGUUUACCCCUGGUCCCCUCUCCGUGUCUCUGACAGUUAGACAAGCUGCUUUACGAGAUUUGGGUUCAAGGGACAUAGAAUUUAUCUCCACUGUCAAGUUCCUACGGUCCAAAUUGGUGCAAAUAGCAGGAGUCUCAGAAAAUGACUUCACAGCGGUACCAGUACAGGGCAGCGGUACCUUUGCAGUGGAGGCAGUCUUCCACACUGCUGUACCGAAACCAAAUGGAAAGGCAUUAAUACUUGAGAAUGGAGCAUAUGGAAAAAGGAUGGGGAAAAUAUGUGAAAUACUAGGAGUCCCAUACCGUUUAGAAGGUUUUGCAGAAAACAGCAUGGUGGAUGUGAAAAAAGUUGAGCAGAUCCUUAGGGAAGACCCAUCAUUCUCCAUGGUAGCCGUGGUUCACUGUGAAACUAGUUCAGGAGUUAUCAAUCCUGUUGAAGAAGUGGGACAGAUGGUUAAAAAACAUUUACCAAAUUGUGUUUAUUUUGUGGAUGCUAUGAGCAGUUUUGGGGCAGUACCACUUGAUCUAGAGAAAGCUAGGGUUGACUUUCUGGUCAGUUCAGUCAACAAGUGUUUGCAGGGAAUUCCAGGAUUUUCUUAUGCAAUCGCAAGAACAGAGCAGCUACUUCAGUGUAAAGGUAAUUCUGGGAGUCUUUGUUUGGAUCUAUAUGAUCAGUACGAUGGUCUAGAGAAGACGGGACAAUUCCGAUUUACUCCACCAACACACUGCAUGCUGGCUUUCUGUCAGGCUAUCAAAGAGUUUGAGGAAGAAGGUGGUAUUGAUGGAAGAGCUGACAGAUAUAAAGAGAACAGGAGAAUACUACAAGAGGGAAUGAAGAAGCUGGGGUUUGAGGAAUUCCUUGGCCCCGAACAUAAAGGAUAUAUCAUAACCUCAUACAAAUUCCCUAAAGACCCUCAUUUUGACUUUAAAACUUUCUACAGUAAAUUAAAUGAAAAAGGCCUGGUGAUAUACCCUGGAAAGGUGUUGAAUGCAGACUGUUUCAGGAUUGGCACCAUUGGUCAGCUAUUUCCGGAGGACUUUCACACAUUACUUGGUUGUAUUGAGGAGGUUUGCAGGGAGAUGAAUAUAAAACUCCCUGUUUCUUAAUACAGUUUCAUACAUGUAUGUGUGUUUGUACUACUUGUACUACUUGUUUGGGAUGACUGCAGGGUGUUUUACUUAGUAAUAUAUUUUAUAUUUCAAUUAUACAUUUCAAUGUAGACAUUAAAAUUUUCAGUGUAUUACAUUUUUUCAUGAUUAUACUAAACACAUGGGGAUUUUUGACACAUUAAAAUCUUGUACUGAGUGUA